AUGUCACCUUCCGCCAUCGAAACCAUUGAAACCCAACCAAGCCUUACGAAUAUCCAUUCGUAUUAUGAGAACGCAAAGAGUUCUUACGUUGAACACAACAACAAUAGUCAUGGCGCGAACAACCCAAAGAAACUCAUCGGAGAUGCUCUGAAGGAGCGAAUUGAGACUAUCGAUCACGAUGCCUGCGAGCCCGGCGACGAGGAUGCUUUCUUCGUAGCUGAUCUCGGCGAGGUCUAUAGACAGCACAUGCGCUGGAAGAAGAAUCUGCCCCGAGUCAAGCCGUUUUAUGCGGUCAAGUGCAACCCUGAUCAACGUGUUAUCCAACUUUUGGCAGCACUUGGUACUGGCUUUGACUGUGCCUCCAAGGCCGAAAUUGAACAGGUCAUCAAGGCCGAUGUUGACCCAAGCCGUAUUAUUUACGCUCAACCAUGCAAGACGAACUCCUAUGUCCGCUAUGCCUCCAGUCAUAAUGUCAAGCAAAUGACUUUUGACAACGCAGAUGAGCUCCACAAGGUCAAGAAGCUCUUUCCUGGAGCUGAGCUUUUCUUGCGAAUCUCUACCGAUGAUUCCUCCAGCUUGUGCCGUUUGAGCCUGAAGUUUGGAGCUGCCAUGGACUCCACGAAUGGACUUCUGGCUCUUGCUAAGGAACUUGAUCUGAACGUUGUUGGAGUCAGCUUCCACGUUGGUUCCGGGGCUUCUGAUCCCCUUGCAUUCUUGAAGGCUGUCCAGGAUGCCCGUAUUGUUUUCGACCAAGCUGCCGCUUACGGAUUUUCAUUGCACACCCUCGAUGUUGGCGGAGGAUUCGUAAGCGAGACAUUUGAUGCCAUGGCAAACGUCCUUCGCCAAGCCCUCGACGAAUACAUGCCAAGUCACAUCAACAUCAUUGGAGAGCCCGGCCGAUACUACGUCUCGUCAGCCUUCACACUGGCCUGUCACAUCAUCGCUCGCCGUACCAUCGAGGACCCUGUCAGCCGCGAGAAGAGCUAUAUGGUGUACCUCAACGACGGCCUUUACGGCAACUUCUCAAGCAUCAUGUUCGAUCACCAGAACCCCAUCGCACAAGUCCUCCGUACCGGAGAGCGUACUUUAUUCAACAGCGUCGCGGCCCAAGAAUCUGUCGAUGGAACCGAAUACUCUAUUUGGGGACCUACAUGUGACGGCAUUGAUCGUAUCUCCGAGAGCAUCCGCUUCGACCACACGCUCGAUGUUGGUGACUGGCUCUACUUCGAGGAGAUGGGUGCUUAUACCAAGUGCUCUGCCACUCGAUUCAAUGGCUUCAGCGAUGCUCACGAUGUCAUCUAUGUUGCCAGCGAGCCUGGCGCUAGAGCUUUGUUGGGUAUGAACUAG